AUGGGAGAAACUCAAGAGUGGUCUAGUUUGGGAGAAGAGCAAAGACCUAAGUUUUACAUGAUCGUCCAUAACUCCAUCAUUCAAGACGGGUCUUUUGAGUUACCAGCAAAAUUUGUCAAGAAGAUUGAAAAGGAUCUCGAUGAUGAUGGUGAUGGUGUUGCAGUCCUCAAAGUUCCAAGUGGUGUUGAAUGGAGAGUUAAGAUGACAAGGGAAUCUGAUGCUGGUGUUUGGUUUAGAAAUGGAAUUCGGACAUUUGUUAAUUGCUAUUCCAUAUCUGCUGGGCACUUUUUGUUUUUCAGAUACGAUGGAAAUUCUCAGUUUCAUGUCGUUAUUUUCAACAUGAAGGGCAGUGAAAUUGAGUACCAUCUAUUUGAAGAUAAUAAUGACAGUAGUUCUGAGGAUAAUCACUCCAAUGAAGCCGAGAACAUGGAAUGUUUUGAAAUCCAAGACUCCCAAGAAGAAGAUGUAGAUCAUAUGGAGACUUUGAGUGGUGACUCUUCUUCUCCAGAUCGAGAUGGAUCGGAUGAAGACAAUGACGAAGAUGAAGUUGCUAAGAAGAAGCCUUUAAAGUUGACGGGUUCUAAGAGAAAAAAUAGAAGUCUAUCUUCUUCAAACGCCAAGGAAUAUGUUGUUCGCGCAAAUGAAAUCGAACGUAGUUUUGCAUCCACAUCCACAAAUCCUUUCUUCAGAAUCAUAGUGCAGACAUCUUAUGUUGAGCACAAAUACAUGCCAAUACCAUGGACAUUCAUAAGGUACUUCCCCGAUGACUUGAAAGACGUCAAAGUUGUAGCUGUUUCUGAUAGGCGAGAAUGGAAAAUAAGAAUUCUUCGUUCAAAGACAGACUUGAAGUUAAGCAAAGGUGUUGCUGACUUCAUGAAUAAAAAGAAUGGAUUGAACUUGAAGGUAGGUGAUGUGUUAGUAUUUGAAAUCGUUAAAAGGAGAUACCUUGUGCUAAAGGUUCAUGUUUUCCCCGCUAAGAACUGA